UAUGGAAGAGGGACAUGGAGAGUCAUCAUCAUCCUCUUCUUCCUCAGAUAUUGGAAGUAAUGAAUUACCUGAUCAACAAAAUCAACCCAAUUCUAAUCAUCAGGAUCUAAUUACUCAAACUGCAUCAUCAUUGCUUCAAGCUGCUGGACCUCUAGCAAUAUUUGAAUCGUCUGCUGUACCUGCAACCAUUCAACAUGUUGGUAUUCCACAGCUGCAACAAUCCAAUGGUGCUGCAUCACAUGUACUCUUCCCUCCAUCUGCAGUGGAGUCAUCUCAGCCAGAAAUUCAAUUACUGAAUCCUGAGCAAGACAUGGGUUUGAUCCUUCGAAACCAUUCAAAUGUUCCUUCACAAAAUGGCGAUAUUCAAACUGAACAAGAAAUGAGUUUGAUGCUUCGAGACCAUCAGAUGAUCAGUAACCUUUCAGCUUCUCGAACUACCAUUCAUGCUGAUCACUUGGUUCCGUCUCAAACAAUGGGAAUGGUGAAUCAUGGCUAUAUGUACCCUAUCGAUCAACCAAUUCGAAAUUUUGCAAAUGUUUUUGGGAGCAUUAAUACUUACCAUCUUCCUACAUCGAACUUGCCUCCAGAGUUUCGUUUGGAGUCAUCCUCUAGGCUCCAGCUGCCCCAUGUCCAGCAACCACCUUCUCAAGCACCACCUGAAAGUGCAAAUGGUGUAUCCUCCUUCAUGAAGACACAAUGGACUAAUUGGCAACCCCAGAAUCCAAUUUCUAUGCUUGAGUCUUCAACUGCAAUCGGAUCAUCACAAGAAAUUCAGUUCCAAGGAUUGCUGAAUCAAUCUAACACCGGAACAAGUAACUUUUAUCCAAGUGCAGGCACUACAGCAAGUCAAAUUCCAGUCCCAAACCUGCCAAUUCAGCAAGGAAUGAGCGGCUACAAUGUUGGAUCCUCGCUUCCUCUUCUUUUUGAAGGCCUGUCAUCCAAUUACAAUAAACAAGGAAUGCAGGGAAAUUUUGGGAAUUCCAUUCAAUACGAAUUUGGAGACUCAUCAACAAGACCUGCAAAGAUGAAAAUUCCAUGGCAAGAUAACAUUCCACCAUCACCUAAUCUUCAGUUGGCUAGUUGGAUUUCUCAAGGUCAGGGUUCUCAAGGCCUUAACUUUAGCACAUCUAAUACCCAAAUCUCAAGGCCUAUGAGGAACACAGUUUAUGAUCCAAUGUAUGAAGCAAUGGGUUUACCGGUGGACCCUCAUUUGCGCAUGUUUGUAGCAAGGCGUGACACCGGAAAUGAAGACCUAUGAGCAGAGGAUUUACCAGAGUCCUUUUUUAUUAAAAGUUAGAAGUUUCUGUAACUAUGACAAACUAUACUGAUGAGAUGCUGUCUAAUUAUCAUAUAUCUAGUAUAACCAUAAUCUGCCCCACCAAAAAAAAAAAAAACAAAAAAACAAAAAAACAAAAAGAAAAACAAAAAAAACCAAAUCCUUAUAGCCUGUUUGGUUUGUGUCAUUUCUGGUGGGGGAUGUGAGAUUUCACAGGAAGUUGAAGUCAAUAAUUCCUAAUAGAAGAGUCAGUUUGAACUUUUGCAGGUAGGUUAUACUAACUAUCUGGCGUUGCAGAGUGUGCUUUGGAUUUUCUUGAAUGAAAUAAAAUCUAGACACAACCGCUUUUGGUUAAUCUGGUUAUAUGCCUAGAUUAAAUCUGACACCAUAUAUAUUUGCUUGAAGCUUCUUGUUUAUUAUCACCGGUUUAAUCUGCUUUCAAAUGUUAAAGUAUAUGUAAU